AUGGCGGAGAUCCGCAGUUUCACUGCGCGACCAUUGUCGAAGCAGGCCCGCAGUGAUCUGAAAGAUGCAUUCCGCGUCUAUUUCUCGUCGUCCUCGUUGGCAGCACUCAAACUGCGCUCGGGAGACAUCUGCAGCCUCACUUCUACCGAGGGACCUCCGAAGACGGCGAUCGCCUGGGCGGCCGUGGAAAAUAUCCAGAAUACGGUCGUCCAGACCUCGAGAACCCUACAGGACUGCUACGGAGUCAAGAUUGGCGAGAAGGUCGCCGUCAGUCGACUGGAGGGUGCGCUGGAGGAGAUCGAGUCGGUCACGGUAGUCGACCGGACAGAUGCCGAGAAGCUGGCCAAGUAUGGCGACAUCCGCGACGAAGACCGGUCCCACUGGGCGUGGGCGUUGAAAAACCUUCAGCUUGCCCGAUGCGAAGUCCUUAGCACGGGUCUGGUCUUUGACUUGGAUCUCAUCGGUCAGCGCAGGAGCUUCCAAGUGGUCAGCAUUCGAACGCAGAACGCGGGCACUUCGCAGACCCUCUUCCAAUUUACAGAUGCCACCAAGGUCUCCAUCGGAGAAGAGACAGACGAAGGAGAGCCGCCAAAACAGCCCGACAUCCAUGUUCAGCCCGGCGGUCUGGGGGGACUGGCUCGUCAGAUUGGGGACAUCAACGAGAGUCUGGCCGACUUGAAUCUUGGCCAGCGAACGGUUAUCAUGCCGCCAUUCUACGAGCACCGCCGGGGCAUUCUUCUCUAUGGACCGAAGGGAACCGGCAAGACGGCUCUUCUGCAGCAGAUCGAAAAGGCCGGUUGGAGACAGAUAUUCCGGCUGGGCACCGCCACGCUGGGCAGGAGUCUCAGCGAGGGCGAGGCCAAGCUGCGCAAUACGUUCCAGGAAGCCGCUCGCGCGAAACCAAGCGUGAUCAUCAUCGACCAGUUGGAAGUUAUUGCGCCGAAACGGACGUCCCUUGAAUCUCAGUCGUUGGCAUCUGUUCUAUGCGAGAGCCUCGAUGCCAUUCGGACCGCGUCCAUUCUGGUGGUCGCUGCGGCGCGCCAUCCCAACAAUGUGGAUGAUGCCCUCCGGACCCCCCAUCGCCUGGCGACGGAGAUUGAACUGCAGAUUCCCACCGCUCAGGACAGAGCCGAGAUCCUGCGUGCCAUUCGCGGGCCGGCUUUUGUAGGAUUGAGUGAUGAAACCAUUGAAUUUCUAGCCGAAAAAACUCACGGAUACGUUGGAGCGGAUCUAUUUGCACUUCUCCAAACGAUCUGCCGCAAGGCACGACAGCGACAAUUGUUGGACACGCGAUCUAUCGCGCUCCCCUCAAUCGAGGCUUCUGAUCAGACAGACAAUAUGGAUGGGGUGGCUGAUUCGCUGGAGAUCCAGGAAAAGGACAUCUUGAUGUCCCUACAAGAAGUUCGCCCGACCGCUAUGCGGGAGGUCUUUUUGGAAACACCCAAAGUGCGAUGGUCAGAUAUUGGCGGGCAGCACGAGAUCAAAAGACGCCUUCAGAAAGCCGUCGAAAGACCGCUCAAGCACCCCGAACGGAUGCGUCGGCUCAACGUGAAGAGCAAAAAGGGCGUCCUUCUCUAUGGACCGCCUGGCUGUUCCAAGACCAUGACCGUCAAAGCAUUGGCCACCGAGGCUGGCUUGAACUUUCUGGCCGUCAAGGGAGCGGAAAUCCUCAGCAUGUAUGUCGGAGAGUCUGAGAGAUCAUUGCGUGAGAUCUUCCGAAAAGCCCGAGCCGCACGUCCGAGCAUCAUCUUCUUCGACGAGAUCGAUGCCAUUGCUUCGAAGCGUAGCAGUACUUCCCAGGGGGGGUAA